AGUUUUUUGAACAUUAGUUUAAACUCUUCUAAUUCAAGUUUUGUUUCUAUGUUUUUUAUCUGCUGCUUGGCCUCCUUAAGAGCUGCAUCGCUGGGAUAGAAACAAGCUUAGGUUAGAGUUUCGGCCGACUAGAAACACAAUAAGGAAUCAUCAUAUCUGAGUAUAUAAAGUAGCAAAAACAUCGCAGGAACCAAAUCUCUGUCUCUAUAUAUAAGUAUUUGGCACACAAGUCGUAGCAUAAAGCGAUGAAGAAGCUCCGAAGCGCAGCCCCAAUCAUAGCAGCAGACUUGCCCAUAGAUGUUAUUCCUUGUAUACUGUCGCAUCUCCCCGUCAAGUCGGUCUUACGUUUUAAGUGUGUCUCAAAAUCAUGGCGCUCUCUAAUCUCUCAUCCGCACUUCAAAAGAUUACAUCUCCUUCAUUCACACAACUCUGCAAAUCAGGUCUUUGUUCUCCGAAAUCCGGCCAUGCAUUAUAGUUUCUGUGAUGCAACCUUUUUUGAUGAUUUAAUUUCGGAACAUUCUACGCAAAUCCAAUUGCCCUUCAGACGUCACCUACGUUUAUGCGACGGCGUAAUUGUGUGUUCUUGCGAUGGCCUGUUACUCCUGAGAGAUCUUUAUGGGCAAUUAAUUUUAUUAAACCCUUCCACUGAAGAGCAACGUAAACUGCCCAAGGUUGAAAAUUAUUAUUCUGACUCAAUAAGUGACGGCUACGACUUGGGCUAUGAUUCAUCAUCCGAUGACUACAAGCUACUGCUUCGACGUUUAAGAUUUAACCCUGUGAUCACCAGAAACAUUAUGAUUCUUUCUCUGAAAACAAAUUGUUGGCGGAAGGUUAAAGAUUUCAGACAUAACCCCAAUACAAAGAAUGCCAUAAAUCUAAACGGGUUCCUGAAUUGGUUGCAAAAUUCUUCGGCACGGGGAAAGAUUGUUUGUUUUUCCUUAGCAAACGAGACCACCACAGAGAUGGAACAUCCUAGGCGUUACAGUAAUUAUGGCCAUGGACUUCGGAGUUUGGGUGUUUUGCAAGGAUGCCUUUGUUUAACAGAGACGAGACGUGCUGCUCAAUCAAUUGCUCAAUCAAUGACCGUCUGGAUAAUGAAAGAAUUCGGAGUGACAAGCUCGUGGAUGAAGCUCAUUACCGUACCACAACGACCUGGAGAUUAUGCUAUGGAUCUCACAAUUCCAUUACCACUUCAUCAUAUUAGCAAAAUAGUUUUCCUAAUUGAUGACACAUCUAGGGCUGCUGCUCACAUGCUACUUAUAAUUGAUUUAGAGGCUCAAAACUACAGAUUUAUUAAGAUUGCCAAUGUCCAGAAGUAUAUGUUGCUCACAGGACUUACAUUUUCAAGGAGUUUAAUUUCCCCCAACUGAAUUGUAAGAACAUGUUAUCAGCUAAGAAGCACGGAAACUUCAAUAAAGUUGCGUUUCCCGUUUCGGAAACGUUUCGGAAACCGGAAACUCUUGGACACCCGUACGAAACGUUUCGGGCCGUUUCUGUAAAUAAUAAAAAUUAAAAUUUAUAAAAAAUUUAAAAUUAUUACCCACAAAUAAAAAAAUCUAACUAGUUACCUAUAAAUUUUAUAUUCGCA